CGGCGACCGGACUCAACGUUGGCGGGGGUCCUAUGCCAAAGGAACAAAACUCGACGUUAUGACAGCGCCUAGAUUCAGCGACAACUCUCCGCGCUCUCGAAUGCUCGGGAAGAACAAAUGGGUCGUUCUGGGAGCGUGCUUCGCCAUCAAUUUUAUCAGCAGUGCCCUCUUCAGGAAUGCGGCGCUCUUCUACCCAUCUAUCAUGGACACGUUCCUGGUAACCAGAGAACGGGCGGCAUUACCCCUAUUCGUCUACGGAGGCUGUUUCCACCUUGGAGCCCUUCUAGGAGGCACCGUCAUUCAGGUCCUAACCGUCUGGGCAGCAGCAGUUGCCGGUGGUAUGCUGCUCAGCGUUACGUUCAUAGCUGCUUCCUUCGCCAACGGAACUGCUUUUCUCACAGUUGUUCUGGGCGUCCUCGGUGGCACAGGACAAGGCAUCAUCUUCAACUGCAGCGUCGUCGGUCUUACGGACUACUUUUCGUCGCAGCGAGGUCUCGCCCUAGGUGUCGUGAUGACAGGAGCUCCCGCGGCGUCAUUCAUAUUUCCCGCAAUAUUCAACUACGCCCUCGAAGAGCAUGGCCUACGCGGCACACUGCUUUUCACCGGGGCAUGCAUGCUUAAUAUUCCUGCGUUUGCACUCCUGCUUCGUGAUCGUCGGCGAACCUCUGCGGAAGAGACGUGCUGGCAGUGGGACGCCACCCCUAACACAAAAAAGUCAAAGCUGUCGUCAAGCUCAAACUGCCACAGUGCACAAAAGCAAGUUUCGGUAACCGCCACUUGCCAAUGCGUGAACAGCGUCUCGAAAAGCUAUGUACGUGAUAACUCAGGCCGGUUUGCCACUCUGAGCAGCAGUCAAUCGUUUAGUGGAUCGGACAGGAGACCAACGGAAACUAGUAGUAUAUUGAAAGGCAUUCCUGACAAUCACGUUCCUUUUUCAACCGCCCGUUGUUGUUCAGCCACUGGCAAUCUGCCGUUGUGUACAUGGCCAACCAGGACCAACAAAAUUAAUCGAAUAAGCCCCGCUGAACUGCACGACUUGUUAUUGUCGUCAGUUCCAGCAUUAUUUUUGGGUAGUAAAACCAAAGAAAUUCUUCCGAUUGAUUUGGAGCAGCAACAGCGGCCAGCUGCAGGAUUUCCAGGUCCAAGGGGGUCAAAAUGGAAGGCUUUAAUCGAAAGCGCUGCAAUAGUGGUCACAAGAUCGCGGUUUUACGUGAUCGCCUAUUCUUUUUGGGCCUACUGUUUUUUCCUCGAUACAUACCUUACAGUGACUGUUGACUAUUCUGCGGACAGCGGUGUAGCCCAAGACGACGCGCUGCACGUUCUCACCUUUUUCUCGGUGACAGAUGCCCUGUGUAGGCUAGUCAUUCCACUCCUCACUGACUGCAAGCUACUGUCGACUCCAGUGCUCUUAGCCUGCUCUUACCUUCUGGCGUCCAUCCUCGCCGGUGGCCUUGCCUUCCUGACAGAGAAGUUUGGCUUCUGGAUCGUAGCACUGGCCUUGGGGCUACCUUGUGGUUACAUCAACGUGGGCCUUUCAGAAAGUUUGUCCACGGUAGCCGGAGAAGAGAACCUGCCAAUGGCUCUCGGGUUCAUGUCCGCCGCUGCAGCUGUGGGGUCCUUCACCACACCUUUGCUAAUAGGUUUAUUUCGGGACAUCUGCGGCUCCUACGACGACCUCUUCUUCAUCAUGGCUGGCGCGCUGAUGGUCUCCUUUGUAUUAUAUGCUGGACUUCUAGCGAAUGAUCUAGUCAAGUCAAGAAAGCUAACAAUUUCCACGUAGUAAUGCUGCUGUUAUAUAGUCAUAGGUUAUUUCUAUUUUUGUUAGUUUCCUUUUUGUAGGUUGACAUCGUUAAACAAUGUACACACAGUUUUCAUGUUCAGCAUACUACGCGGCAACUUUCGUACAUGACUGAACUCCCUGAGCCAUUCUUUGAGGAGAUUCUAUUGCGAAUGGGACAGUGGUUUCUAUAGUACCGGCUGUUGUUCGAUCGCGAAAAAUGCCAGGAGAACACGCUGUACAACAAAAUAAUUUAUUGUACCUCUCUUAGACAGCUCGGCGUUCUGGCCACGGGUGAAUAGGAGGGCUUCAUUGCGGAGAAAAAAAUGACGAUGUUAACUUCUUUCACUAGACGAACGUUGUGAGUGCGCCGUGACAAAACCAAAAUUACCAAUUUUCCCUGCAUUCCUAGCGAUAAAGUGUUGCCCACACAUGAACAAAGAACUCAUCUGGACAACACGGCGUUCGUGUUGUCCACUUCUUUUGUGUCCGUGUCUGCACGCCUUACCCCCUUCUGGCAUUAUGAAUCAUUACCAACUAGCCCAGCUUUGUGUCGCUCAUAAGAAAGUACGUACCAUUCUGGUAAACACGGUGACGAUGGCCAAUAAACGUUGCCAACAUACAUCGCUACACUUAUCUUAAUGAAGAAUAAAAUUGACAAAGGCAGCUGUAUUGAACACCUUACUUUUCCGGGCUUGCGAAUGUUACGAAGUGCUGUGUUUUUCUGGAAUACAUUUUUAUUGACAGAAUUUUCAGAAAUAGAAGAAUGGAACAGUCUUCCCAAAGCCGUGGUUUCAGAGUCACAUCCCUCCAAAUUUAUGCAGUUGCUAUCAGACCAUUUGAACACAAAAUAGCCACUUUCCCUCAUGUUUCCUCUCCCAGCAAUCCGACUUGCUUGUUUCAUCGCCUAUUUUUCCGUCUCUUCUUUUUUGCCACUUUUGUUUAGCGUUUUUUUACAUUUACGUGUACAGUUUUCUUCAAAUUUAUUGCUACUCAGUUGUAGAUAUUUGCAUUGUUCUGUUUACACUUGAUGUUUUCUAUACAGUUGAUUGAUUAUUUUUAUUACCCUUUGUUUUUUUUUAUUUGGGCUGAUGUAUGGCACUUUCUCAUCGCUGUCUCCCCCCCCCCCCCCUCCACCUCCCGCUAUGUAAUGUGCCUGAAGGGACCCUUAAGGGAACAAUAAAUUAUGAUGAUGAUGAUGAAAUUAAGUUGCACAGCCGCAGUGCUUACUUAUGGAGUUGCGGUGGCGUAAUGAUCCAUACAUUUACUGCGCGCGAUGGGCAUUAUGGUGCGAAUUCCUAUGGUAUCGCUCAAUUCACUCAAUCUUCCCCAUGUGAAAGGGACAGUCUUUUGCAGUGUUUUUCUCAUCGUGGUGCCCCCAAAUAACAAUACAUUAUUUUCCUAAUAUUUUGUGUCCCAUUGCUGCCCCUCGCCUCUUAAACAGUACGCGUCGUCGUGCUCUGCGCAUAUUUAGACUAAAUAUAAGUGAACAAGACCAUAUAUGGGCAUAGAUAUAAAGCGCAUGAGGGCGUCAGCGGGCGUAAAGCAGGGGGUGAUUCGAGAUCGCCGGGAAAGGCGUUUGUCCAGCAGUAGACAUCAAAUGGGUGGAUGAUCGAACGAGAACCACGAUAAGACCUCAACAAGGUCUUCAGAAAUUGGUCGAACAUGAUAUUAGCCACAAUCUUAAAAUGGGUGUAGUGCAUGUUCGCGACGGCGCACCCCGCAACACCGCAUCGCACCACGCCAUAGUGUGCACUGGUCCGUAUGGACUCAAUAGCUUCCUUUCACAGACAGAGCUUUAUUCCAAUUCUCGUCUCGGUCAAACAGCCAUCCGCGGUACGACGGGCGCUACCGCCUUGUAUGGGCGCUGCCGGAGGCGCUGCGGCAUGCUGCACGCGGCGCGCGCCUCACGGACUGCUGGCAUUGAAUAGGGCACAGACAACUCUGUCUCAACGCGAAAAGAUGACGAUCAAGUGUGUAGUGCCAUGUAUCUCCUUUUUGAACCUGGCCAUCAGAAAGGACAAAUAAAACU